GUGUGGGGGUAGGGCUAUGGCCUACAAUAUUCAACUAAAGUCUGCCGACUUGGCUAGAGAUGAACGACAGCUAAUACAAAAGAAAACAUUUACAAAAUGGAUCAAUUCACAUUUAAUGAAUACCCAGUGCACGCCAGUGAACGAUUUGUUUUUAGAUUUGCGAGAUGGCCAUCGUCUAUUGGCCCUACUUAGUACUUUAACACAAACACAAUUGAAACCCGAAAAGGGACGCAUGCGAGUGCAUCAUAUUAAUAAUUUGAAUAAAGUGAUUCAGGUGAUUCAACAGCAUGGUGUCAAGUUAGUCAAUAUAUCCAGUGAUGACAUUGUUGGAGGCAAUGCCAAGUUAACCCUCGGUCUAAUAUGGCUAAUAGCCCUAGAAUUCAAUGGCCAGCAUCUAGUCAAGAGUCAUUCGAGCAAUGGCGUUGAAAAAUCACUGUUAGCAUGGGCGAAACAGUUUACUGAGCCGCAUGGUGUUGCCCUCAAUGAUUUCUCUAGUUCGUGGUCGGAUGGCAGAGCUUUUCUUAUCAUUUUGAAAGCCCACAUUGAUGAAAUGGAUUUGAUUGCAGCUUUGCAGCAGCAUUCCCUCCAGCGGCUUCACUUGGCAUUUGAACUGGCCUAUAGGCAUUUUAAAAUUGAGAAGCUAUUAGACCCGGAGGAUGUGCACACACAUAAACCGGAUAAUAAAUCCAUACAGAUGUAUGUAAUGUGUCUCUAUCAUGCCAUGGAAUCAAUGAGAGCACGCGAACAGGAGCAAGAACAGGAGCAAGAGCAGAAUAGGAAUAGAGCACCCUGCACAAGUAUUACAGAUCUAGAUGAAGUUCCUUUGGACAGUAAUGAUGGUUCGAGCAUAGUUGAACUGUACACGUCAGAUAGUGCGGGUAGCAUGGAACAACAUACAUCCUCACUGGAAUUGAAAUCAUCGUUGCGUCCUUUGAGUACGGCCACCAACGCCAGUGUAGAGAUUAGUGGCUAUCAAUCAGCUCUUGAGGCUGUCCUUACACUUCUUUUGGAAGACGAACAGUUGCUGUCGCAGGAUCUUGCCGAACCGGCAGACUUUAAAAGUGCCAAAUUGCAGUUCAAUGAGAAUGAGAGCUUCAUGCUGAAAUUAACCGAACACCAGGAAUAUGUGGGUGAAGCCCUCGAAGAGGGCAGCAAUCUAAUCAACGAAUCACAAAAGGCGGCAGGUGCUGGUCUGGGUUCUGGUCUCAAUCAAGAGGAUCAGAACGAGGUAAGGCAACAAAUGGUGCUCCUGAAUGAACGCUGGGAGACUCUACGACUGAGGGCGUUGGAUGUUCAGGCGAAGAUCUUGAUGCGUUUGGCUGAGUUUCAGAAGCAACAACUCGAGCAGCUGCGUCAGUUUCUAACCUCUGUGGAGGAUCGUAUCUCACACAUGAGCGACAUUGGCCCCACUCUAGCCGAAGCCGAACAGCAAUUGGUGGAGGCGAGAAGACUUAAAACGGAUCUAAGUGAACAACAGGAACUGGUAGAUAGUCUCGGCAGCAUGGUGGUUAUUGUGAAUGAUACCUCGGGAAAUUUCAAUGACCUCGAAGAUCGUUUAAGUGCUUUGGGUGAGCGCUGGUCGCAUGUGGUCAAAUGGAGUGAUUUGCGAACAGAGAAACUUCAGCAAUAUAAAUGCAUAUCCCGCUGGUUAGAUGCUCGUGAGCAGGACCUCAAGCGCAUGGAGAGCAGAGAUGUUACCGAUGUGGGUGGCAUAACACAACGCAUUAAUGACUUGAACUAUUGUGCCAAGGAUUUACUUGAAUUGCAGAGAUAUCUCAUAGAUUUACGACAAAUGGUGGCUGCCACUCUGCAAGAUGGAGACGACAAGGGUGAAAGGGUAUUAAUGCAGCUGGAAAGCUACGAAGAUCGCCUAGAUGCUCUUAAGCAAAUUGUUGAGGUCCAAACACAGCGGAUUGAAACCAAAGGUUUCAACUUUGGACGCGAUCGUGCCAGUUAUGAUGAUACCCGUGUCAUACGUCCAGAUGGCUGGGUAGACUAUCAAUUGAUUAUACGUUUUGGAGAUGCCGAAGAUCAGGAUGACGAAGAUGAUGGUCCUAAUGAGCAAGUCUCAUCUAGCCAUGAUUUGGCAAGUAAAAAGCGAAAAAUACGAAAUGCUGAUAAUUUCAAUGCACUGGAAACACAAAUUAUGGAUCAUUUCUCCUAUCUGCAUGAUGUGGAACAGAAGUUACAACAAUUGCAACGUCAAAGUUUACGUCAACAAUGCGAUAUAUUGAGAGAGCUGCAAACAGAAAUCAGUGCAAAAAGUUCUACCAUCUCAGAGUUAAAAAAACUAUACGAAGUUUGCGAAUUGGAGGAUCCAACGAGAAAUCUGCUACUCGAAGCCACCCAUAUCCGGCAAAUCGAGCAUAGAUAUACGACUUUAAGCCAACGUUUGGUCACCCAACAGAGCGAGAGUAGUGCUUUGUUGGAUAAGGAACGGUAUUACAAUAGUUUAACCGGAUUCAAAUUGGUUCUUGCCGAUUCAAGGGAUUGGUAUAAGCAACAUGCUGGAUCUGCCACUUCCCAAGAGCUGGAACAGCGUCUCAGUCAUAUGGAAUCGCUUAGUUCUGAGAUUUCUGAGGCUCGGCAAGCCACCGAAGAGUUGGAUGAUCAGCUCAUAGAAUGGAAACAAGAUUUUGGUCUCUUCUAUGACAGUUGGCAUGACAUGAAGCAGGCCCUACAGGCUCUCAUCCAGCAACGAGGAGGUGAAAAUCUAUCAAAGCAAAUACAGCAAGUGCAAAAUUUUGUAGAGAAAGUGAGUAAGCAAAAGGUGCGUGUUUCAAGUUUGGCAACUAUGCAACAACAACAGCAGCUACUCAAUCAAUUGGUCGAUGAGCUGGAAUCCCUGAGACCCACCUAUGAUCGUCUGCCCAGUAAUAUCUUGAGUGAAGAACUGCAAACUUCAUGGCAACGUCUUCCCGAGCAAUUAAGCGAAAGAGUUAUCAAACAGACAACAGCUAUUGAGAACCUAAAUCACUUUAUAGCCGAAUACAAUUCGAUUAUCUCCACCCUACGGACUGCAGCGGACUCUAAAGAGAGCUCUGGAUCCUCUCAAGAUCUGCGUAAAUUAGAGAUUGAUGUGAUCAGUGCACGUAAUUUUAGUGAGAUUUUGAUUAAAGAGGCGGAACCUGCUCAAAAAGAUAGCCUUCAGACUCAAAUACGUUCACUUAAUUCCCUGUACGAGCAGGUGGAGCGUAACCAUCGUGAUCAGAACCAACAGGAGGCAAAGCUGCAAUCACAAAUCGAUGUCAUACAGCAACGUCUGAAACAAACGGAGAAUUGGCUUAACGAUCUAGAGACAAACACUCCCAAAUCGGGCAUCAAACACAUUGGCAACUCCAAUGAACUUUUCCAGAGUAAGAGUAAAUUCCAAACUCUAAAGGAAACCUGCGAGCGUGAGACUUCACAGUUCAGGGAACUCAAUGAGCUUGGUGGUGAAUUGCUGCUCCAGAUGGAUGAACUGCAGAAUAAAGACAGCAAGAACUCUAAAUAUGGCUCUUUGGCCAAGCAGUUUACACGCAUAAAUGCCCGCUGGACGGAGGUUACCGAAAGAGUUUAUGAUAAAACUGCUUUGCUAGAACAUAUAUCAACCCAGUUGGGAGAGUUUAAAAAGUUUAUGGUCAGUGAGACAGGCUAUUUGGAUCGUUUGGAGAAUAAAAUACGAAACACACCCGAAAAUGCAGCCGAUGCAGAAGAAAUUAUGGAAGAGCUUGAUGACUUGGAAAAUGUAUUGCGUUCGCAUUCAGAAGAGUGGCUUGAUAAAAUUCAAGAAAUUGGCAAUGAGCUAAUUGAUAAUGAAUUCAUGGCCGAAUCCAUGCGCAAGGAUAUUGAUGGCAUUGUUCACCGCUGGACACAGCUGCAACAACAGGCCAAAAAGCGCACAGAACUUCUCGAACAGAAAGUCAGCGAAGCAGAGCAAUCAGAAAAGUGCAUAGUGCAAUUCGAAGCAUGGCUUACUCGUGUCGAUGAGAUACUCAGUGAGCACUUGGAAAAUGAUGUGACCAUUGAGGAUUUACCAGAUGAUUUUCAGCAAUUGUCUCGUGAAUUCGCUAGCAACGAGCUGAAUUUCAAGGAAAUCACCGAACUUAUAGCCGAGCAUACACAUAAUGGCAAAUUGGGUGCUGCGAAUCGUCUGCAGGAGCAACUCAAUCUCAUGGAAUUGCGUUUCAAGGCUUGCCAGGCGAAACUUAAUAAAUGCACAGCUCCCCAGCCUGCAUAUGAAUCGCGUUUGAAUAGAGCCUACGGCGAUUUGAGGAAUGUGGAACGUUCAACCUUAGUGCUAGAUGUGGCCUCGGCAGGACCCAGUUUAGUGCAAGCUCAAUAUCAAAAGUGUUUGCAAAUCUAUCGUACUUUGUCUGAAAUCAAGGCUGAAAUUGAGAGCACCAUAAAAACAGGUCGUAAGGUGUGCGAGGACAAAUAUACCAAGUCACCUAAGCAGCUGAGUCAACGUAUUGAUGCUCUAAAGCAUCUCUAUAAUGCCUUGGGUGAGAAUGUUACCCAAUCAAAGGCUUUCCUCGAGGGUCUUCUAACAUUGGCAAGCAAAUUGGAGGAUUGCUUUGAUACGGCUGAUAAACUUAUACGUCGUUUUGAGUCACCACAAGAAGUGCAUGAUAGAAAUUCCAUAUUGCUUGAAUUCGAAGAUGUUCUCAGGCGUUGCGAAGAGCAUUAUAUGGAAUACAGUAAAUCGUGUGAUCAAAGCUCAAUGUUGGAGACACGCCAACGUAUUGAUGGCCUUAAGGCCACCUAUCAUAAGUUGACCAGUGCGGAUAUAAUUAAACGUCUAACCGAAAUGAAGGCAACACUGCAAAAUUUGGACAACAUUUCGCUAGAGACAUUAAAGGCCAUGGAGCAUGAUUUGAAGGAGAUUAAUAUGCCAUCGAAUCCGGAAAUUGAGAAAUUACAGCAACAAGUUAUUGCAAUAGUUGUGGAUCUAUUGAAAACACGUUUCAAUGAGGCUACAACCCUUGCUGCUGCCGAUGAGGAUAUGGAAAUUGUUGUGGUCAGCGAUACAGUGCGUCAACGAAGAGCACGUACGCCCCAGCAAACGGGUGAUUCCUCUUCCUCUUCGGAAUCACCAAAAGUCGCCACCACUCCGGAGAGUAAUGUGGCUGUUGUUGGAGCUGCAGUAUUACCAGAUGUUUUGCCACCACAAACAUUCCGUUUGGCCGAAUCGAGUAACCUGUUUUCUCAAAUAUCCCUUAACCCCGAUAAAGUAAUCUUGAAUACUUCUCCAGCGCCUGCCAAACCUUUGAAAAAUAAACGAAAAGCUCCUGCCUCACCAGCUCAAGUAGUUGAGAUUAAGGUGAAGAAUAUACAAAACGAUAAAAUGUCUGUGCAAAAUAUUGAUCUUGAAGCACAUCAGGGAGAAAUUGUCGAUACUGUGAAUAUAUUGGAGAGUGUGGAACCAUUUGUGCCCGAGUAUGUGGAAACAGUACAAAUUGUAGAUCUCUCUGAGGACUCGGAUUCCUCAUUGCGAUUCGAUGGUGAGGGUAGAGAAGUAAGACGUUCGAAGAGUAAGCACUCGCUGAACGAAUCGCCAUUGACCAAAGUCACUGACAGGAAGGCAGAUGGACAGGAGGAUGAGGAGGGGGUCGAGGAAGACCUACUGCGUCCAGGGGCAGGAAAUACUAGCACACCAUUUUUGCGCGUAGAGAAACAACGCAUUUCCUUUGAUGAGAAACGUAAGCGCAUAGCCAAUGAACGGGAUAUUCUACGUGACUCUGAAGAGGAAGGUUCCCCCCAGACACCGGACACAGCUCCGCAGCUAUCUAAACCGAAACGUUGGCGACAAUUGAAACCAUCUUUAGAUGCUGCGUCGACUACAAUUGGAGCAGAUAUUGAACCCGAAUCACCGGGUCGUGAUAGUUUCUAUAGUCCUGAUAAAGAAUCUGGUUACGAUAUAGAACCCUUGGUAUUUUCCGAUGAUGAGGAAAUACCAAGAUUUUCACUGGAAAUGACACCAACCAUUGAUUCCGAUAGUGAUACGAGCCGCAUUGAGACGCCUUCAGCUAAAAAACCGAAUUCAUUUUUAAGCAAAGUAAUGAAUUCGAUGCCAUCACCAGCAGAUGAUUCCAAUGUCACUCUUAAAAGUCCAUUAAGUGAAGCUGAUCCUUUGAGUUUGGAACAACGUGUGGAAUACUUUGAUAAAAAGGCCAAGCAGAUGAUACAUAAAUUGGAAUUGACCAAAAUUAAAAUCGAGCAAUGCCAUGAAAGUGAAGCAGAGGAUCUACGUCUAUUAAUAGCUCCCGAUGCGGCAACUUUGAUAUCACAGGGUGAUUCUUUGGUCUUGGAAACUCAUGGUAAACAGGGUAACUUUUCACGUCUCGUUAUGCGAACACAAAUCAUAUUGCGUGAAAAGUUUCACGAGGUCCAACAGGCCAAAUCAUCAACUACCGGAACUGGUCAAGCGCGUCCUUCGUUGGAUAGUGUAAAUAUUGAGGAACUUGUCACCAAAGGUCUACGUCGCAUUAAUGUGCUAAUUGAGAAACCAGUGGAUCUUAAAUCUAGCGCCGAACUUGAAAGACGCAUGGAUGAUAUCAAUGAACGUCACGACGAUUUACAGGUCAUUGUCAGUGCCAUUGGUAAAAACGCUCAAAUGCCCAAGGUCACGCCCAUCAUGAUGACGGAAAUCGAAAAGACGAAAAACAAUUUGAUUGCUCAUGCGGAUUCGAUUGAACUAUCGUUGACAGAACUGAAAAAUGGCGCUAAAAUUGCCAAUGGAUCGGGCGUCAAUACUAACAGCAUUAUCCACAGUCGUUCGGAGUACAACAACGAGCCAAGCGGCAGUGGAGUAUUGGCCGGCAGUUUUGAUAAAUCAGUGCUACAGAUAUCCGACUGGCUAACUUGGGAACAAAACAUGAUCAAGAUACAGAGCGUUGUCGUUGACGAUGUGGAUGCAGUUCGUUUGGCCAUUGAAAAGCAGGAGAAAGUUUUGCGUGAACUGAAAAUGAAAAAACCGCAACUGAAUGAACUGGUCCACACAGCGGAAGUACUCAAAGGCGAUAUUAAACGUCAGCAGUUGCAAGAGAAAGAAUUGAAACAAUUCUCGCUAGCACCGCAUUGUUCGGCUGAUUUAGAUUAUAUGCGUUGCUGUUUGAAAGUUACACGUCUCCGGGAGCAUUGGGAUGAGACCUCACAGUGUGUACUCCAAAGAGCUGCCCAACUGAAGAACAUGCUAAGUGAUUCCCAACGCUUUGAGGCCAAGCGUUUGGAAUUGGAAAAGUGGCUGGGACGUAUGGAGCAGCGGGCUGAACGCAUGGGUUCAAUUGCCACCACAGCUGACAUUCUGGAAGCCCAACAGAAGGAGCAAAAGUCCUUCCAUGCGGAAUUGCAUCAGAAUAAACAGCACUUUGAGCUCUUCAACGACUUGACACAGAAACUAAUCGCUGUCUAUCCCAAUGAUGAUACAACUAGGAUUAAGAAGCUAACUGAAGUCGUUAAUCAACGUUACGCCAAUCUGAAUAAUGGUGUCGUCAAUCGUGGAAAACAGCUUCAUGCCGCCGUUCAUAGCCUUCAAUCAUUUGAUCGUGCCAUGGACCAAUUUCUUGCCUUUCUAUCGGAAACGGAGACGUUAUGCGAAAAUGCUGAAUCGGAUAUUGAACGAAAUCCAUUAAUGUUCAAGGACCUCCAAUCGGAAAUUGAAACCCAUCGCGUGGUUUACGAUCGUCUCGAUGGUACCGGCCGCAAACUUUUGGGUUCGCUCACCUCACAAGAGGAUGCGGUUAUGCUGCAGCGUCGCCUGGAUGAGAUGAAUCAACGUUGGAAUAAUUUAAAAUCGAAAAGUAUUGCAAUCAGAAAUCGUUUGGAAUCAAAUUCAGAACAUUGGAAUGCUUUGCUUUUAUCCUUACGCGAGCUAACCGAAUGGGUUAUACGCAAGGAAACGGAACUGAGCACCUUGGGAUUGGGACCUGUGCGCGGUGAUGCGGCCAGUUUGCAAAAGCAGUUGGACGAUCAUAAAGCCUUUCGUCGUCAAUUGGAGGAUAAACGGCCAAUUGUGGAGAGCAAUUUAACGAGCGGUCGUCAGUAUAUUGCCAACGAAGCAGCCGUCUCAGAUACUAGCGAUACGGAGGCCGCCCAUGAUUCGGAUUCGCGUUACAUGUCCGCCGAGGAGCAAAGCCGUGAGCUGACACGCAGCAUACGCCGUGAAGUUGGCAAACUUUCUGAGCAAUGGAACAAUCUAAUCGAUAAAUCUGACAAUUGGAAGCAUCGCCUAGAUGAAUAUAUGACGAAAAUGCGUCAAUUCCAAAAGAUACUCGAAGAUCUAAGCUCACGUGUGGCAUUGGCCGAGCAAACACAGAAUUCCUGGGUCACUCCCUCAUCAACUGGCGAGGCCAAUGAUCAAAUGCAACAAUUGCAACGAUUGCGUGAUAAAAUGACAACGGCCAGUGCCCUUUUGGAUGAUUGCAAUGAACAGCAAUCCUUCUUUACCGCCAAUCAGGUGUUGGUGCCAACACCUUGUCUAUCCAAACUGGAGGAUUUGAAUACGCGUAUGAAACUCCUGCAAAUUGCCAUGGAUGAACGACAAAAGAUUCUAUGCCAGGCGGGGGCCCAGCACACACAUGAGAAUGGCGAUGAUGGACGUAAUACAUCGAACAGCGGCACAAUCGGGCCAUUACCCAAUUUGGGACAGAGCGUUAAGCCGCCCUGGGAAAGAGCUACAACAGCAUCCAAUGUGCCUUAUUAUAUUGAUCAUGAACGCGAAACCACACAUUGGGAUCAUCCGGAAAUGAUUGAGCUAAUGAAGGGAUUGGCUGAUCUAAAUGAGAUCCGUUUCUCGGCUUAUCGCACGGCCAUGAAAUUGCGUUCCGUUCAAAAGCGUUUGGCUCUUGAUAGGAUUUCCAUGGCCACUGCCUGCGAGUCCUUUGAUCGUCAUGGUCUGCGUGCUCAGAAUGAUAAGCUCAUCGAUAUACCCGAUAUGACUACGGUUUUGCAUUCGCUCUAUGUGACAAUCGAUAAAAUUGAUUUGACGCUUAUGCUGGACCUGGCCAUCAAUUGGAUACUAAAUGUCUAUGACUCACAACGUACUGGACAAAUACGAGUCCUGAGCUUUAAAGUGGGCCUUGUUCUGCUAUGUCGCGGUCAUUUGGAGGAAAAGUAUCGAUAUCUAUUCCGUUUGGUUGCCGACACCGAGAGACGAGCAGAUCAACGUCGUUUGGGUUUACUUUUACACGAUUGCAUACAGGUACCUCGACAAUUGGGCGAAGUCGCUGCCUUUGGUGGUUCGAAUAUUGAACCCUCUGUACGCUCUUGCCUGGAACAGGCUGGCAUUUCGCAAGAGGCCAUCGAUGGCAAUCAGGAUAUAUCCAUAGAGUUGCAGCAUUUCCUAGGCUGGCUGCAGCACGAACCACAAAGUUUGGUCUGGCUGCCGGUUCUACAUCGUUUGGCUGCCGCCGAAGCGGCUAAGCAUCAGGCCAAAUGCAACAUUUGCAAAGAGUAUCCCAUUGUGGGCUUCCGUUAUCGUUGCCUCAAGUGCUUCAAUUUUGAUAUGUGCCAAAAGUGUUUCUUCUUUGGACGAAACGCCAAGAAUCAUAAACUUACCCAUCCCAUGCAUGAAUAUUGUACAACGACCACAUCCACCGAGGACGUGCGCGAUUUUACGCGUGCUCUUAAAAAUAAAUUCAAGAGUCGCAAAUACUUUAAGAAGCAUCCACGUGUUGGCUAUCUGCCCGUUCAAAGUGUCCUAGAGGGUGAUGCCUUGGAAAGUCCUGCGCCUAGUCCACAGCAUACAACGCAUCAAUUGCAAAAUGACAUGCACUCACGCCUUGAAAUGUAUGCUUCACGAUUGGCUCAAGUUGAGUACGGUGGCACUGGUUCGAAUUCGACCCCAGACAGCGAUGAUGAGCAUCAGUUGAUAGCCCAAUAUUGCCAGGCUUUGCCCGCUAACGGUGCAACCAAUGGAGCCAGUGCACCCAAAUCCCCCGUUCAGGUAAUGGCUGCCAUGGACGCCGAACAGCGAGAAGAACUGGAAGCCAUUAUACGUGAUCUGGAAGAGGAGAAUGCCAAUUUGCAGGCCGAAUAUCAGCAAUUGUGUAGCAAACAGCAGAGUGGCACACCCGAUGAUUCCAGCGGUGGCAUGCAACACUCUGGUUCCAGCAGCAUGACCGGCCUGUCCAACCAAGGUGAACAUGGACAGGACAUGAUGGCUGAAGCGAAACUCUUGCGACAGCACAAGGGUCGUCUGGAGGCGCGUAUGCAGAUACUCGAGGAUCACAAUAGACAAUUGGAAGCUCAAUUGCAGCGACUACGUCAGCUAUUGGAUGAACCAAAUGGUGGUGGUAGCAGUGCCACAAGCAGUGGACUGCCAAGUGCUCCUGGUUCCGCAUUAAACUCAAAGCCAAAUACAUUGCAAACACGUUCGGUGACUGCCUCCCAACUAAAUACAGACUCUCCAGCCAAAAUGAAUCAACAGAAUGGCCACUACGACCACAAUUCAAAGGGCAUAAUGUUGCCUGGUCUAAACAAUGAAUUGCAACAGCAACAGCAUGCCCAGUUAGCUAGCCUGGCGGCCAAACAUCAUCAGCAUCAGUUAAGUGGAGCCUUGAAUGCUCUCCAUCAGCAGCAGCAACAACAACAACAGCAGCAGCAGCAACAACAACAACAACACCGAGGAGGCAUUCUAACUGGAAAUGGAGCCAUUGGGAGCGACAUGUCCGGCAGCUUUUUGGGUGAUGACGGACGUCCGCCGCCGCCACCACAUUCGAGUCUCUUGCUACAGCAACAGCAGCAACAUUUGAAUGAAGCUUUGGUGACUGUCAUAACCGAACAGGAAAUUGAGCCGAUUAAUGUUAAACGUAAUGGUAAUGAUAAUGACAAUGAUGAUGAUGAGGAUGAUGAUGAUCUGGAAGAUGCAACAUCGAGUAGCAGCACCAAUACGAACACAAAUACAACAACGACGACUACGACAACAGCAACAACAACAGACAAGACCUGUGUCGAGCUAAACAAAUGAGUUUGAGUUUGAUGUGAAGAGGAAAUUCUAAACAGUAUAGACAUAGAUAUGCAUAUACUUAUAUACCUAUACAUAUAUACAUAUAAAUAUACACACAUAUAAAUAUACAUACAUAUAUCUAUAUAAAUAUCGGGACAUAAAGCUGAGCGUAACAUUUUUAGUAGUUAUAUUGUAUAUCAAUCAAGUAUAAGUAAAGUGAAACAUAUUGAAAGCUGGAAAUAAUGCAGAAAAAAUGUUAGUUAAGAUAAAAUUACAUAUAAACCUAUAUACUAUUACCUACCAACUGCACACACACACACAUCUAAAACAUAUAUAUCAUACAAAAAAGAUUAAUGCAUAAUCAUUGUUAUUAUAUCAAGCACCCAAGCAAACCCUCCUUCUAUCCCUCAAAUCGAAAACCCAAACCAUAUCAUUUCUGUUUCCAAAAUGCCUAUUUGAUAGGCGACAAACAAACAAAACGAAACAACAAAAAAUAACGAAAACGUAAAC